CUUCUUCGCUGCACACUCCACAUCGAUUCCUUCCUGCCACUCCUUCCUCGCGUGCCCCUGACUGCACCGAGACUGCUAGGUAGCUCUAUAAUCUCCUCGGCUUCUUUCUCCGUCCCCUCGGCUGGCCUGUCACCCGAUCGCUCCUGAUGUCCGGCACCGUGUGCUCCAUGUGCGGCGACGUCGGCUUCCAGGACAAGCUCUUCCGCUGCGCCCGUUGCCGCUGCCGCUUCCAACACUCCUAUUGCACGAACUACUACGGCGACGCGGCCCCGGCCGACGCGGGCGCCGGCGUGUGCGACUGGUGCCUCAGCGACGACCCCCUCGUGAAGAACAGGCGCCCUUCGGCGCCGCCGGCCAUGCAGCACCGCGGUCCGCCGACCGGGAUGGGCUGCGGCAAGGUCAAGGUGACCGGCGGCGGCGAGCAGGAGGGCGGCCGGAGAGUGGCGAAGGCGGCCGUCCGCAGGUACAAGCUCCUCAAAGACGUCCUGUGCUAGCUAGCUGGUGCAUGCAUGGUCCUGGGUCACCGUACUCGUUUCCUUAGAUCGGGACCUCGUCAUCAUGUGUACUAAAAAACGAUGCUGUUUAAUUAGGUAGUCGAUAGUCGUUGUACCUAGCUAGCUGGUGAGGUUCUGCUUCCAUAUCGAUCCUUGUGUGCAAAUGUCGGCAUGUCACAAUGAGAUCUACUUCUGUAAAUAUGUGCUGCUACUCUUUAUCUCUGUCAUCAACUGCGUGUUGUCGUGUGUGGUCAGUACUUUGAACAUGUGUUUCCACAAGUGUA